AUGGGAAAGAAAGGGAGUUGGUUUUCAGCAAUCAAGAGGGUCUUUUUACCACACUCCAAGGACAAACUAGCUAACGAAUCAGAUAAGAGAAGCUCAAAAGAAAAGAAGAAGAAGGGCCUUGGAAAACUAAGACAUGGAGAGACCACUUCAUUCAUUCCCCUGUUUAGAGAACCAAGUAGUAUUGAGAAAAUUUUGGAUGAGGCUGAAAGAGAGCAUAAAUUAAUUUUCAGGCCUCCCACGCCUCCUGAGCAACCGACGACACCACCCUUUGUACCUCCAAGAGCUGCUUCUCCGAGGGUUGCUUCUCAAAGAGUUACCUCUCCAAGAGCUGCUUCUCCAAGAGCUGCUUCUCCAAGAGUUGCUUCCCCUAGAGCUGCAUCUCCAAGGGUUGCUACCCCUAGAGCAGCUUCUCCUAGGAAUGUUCAACGCCAUAAGGAAAUAAAUUACAGACCAGAACCAACUCUAAGAAACCAUCAUGCUUCGGCUACCAAGAUCCAAGCAGCCUAUAGAGGCUAUGCUGCAAGGAGGAGCUUCAGAGCUCUGAAGGGUCUUGUGAGGCUUCAAGGAGUGGUAAGAGGACAGAAUGUGAAGCGGCAGACAAUGAAUGCAAUGAAAUACAUGCAGCUCUUGGUGCGGGUCCAGUCUCAGAUUCAGUCACGGAGGAUCCAGAUGUUAGAAAACCAAGCACGACGUCAAUCUCAAAACAAAAAUGAUAAAGAAGUGGAUAGUACCUUGGGCAAAUGGGGUCAGUUGUCUGAGGCAGGUAAUAAUGAAGACUGGGACGACAGCGUGCUGACAAAGGAGGAAAUGGAUGCAAGGUUGCAGAGAAAGGUGGAGGCAGUCGUCAAGAGAGAAAGAGCCAUGGCUUAUGCAUAUUCCCACCAGCUGUGGAAGGCCUCUCCAAAAUCUGCUCAGUCAGCUCUGAUGGAUAUCCGUUCCAAUGGAUUUCCAUGGUGGUGGAACUGGUUAGAACGUCAGCUACCUGCAACAAAUCCUCCUGAGAGCCAAGCCUUGAAGAAUUUUCAACUUACACCACCAAGGCCACAUUCGGAGAUAAAGCCUAGCCCAAGACCCCCAUCAAGUAGCCACAAGCAACAACAUUUUGGGUUUGAUAAUAUGGAUACUCCCACACCGAGAUCUUCAAAAUCAACUGCAUUUGUGUCAACGAGACCAGCACGAACUCCUCUUCCUAGAACUCCACCGGCAAACAGCCCUAGCAUGUCAAAAUAUUCAAGAGCAAGAGCCAGUGGAGCAAAUUCUCCUUUUGACUUGCCACUCAAGGAUGAUGAUAGCCUCACGAGCUGCCCGCCAUUUUCAGUGCCAAACUACAUGAAUCCUACAGUUUCAGCCAAAGCCAAAGCAAGAGCUAAUAGUAAUCCCAAGGAGAGGUUUCCAGAGACCCCAAACAGUGAAAAGAGGAGACUUUCUUUCCCUCUUACACAGGGCGUUGGGUCUUUCAAGUGGAACAAAGGCUCCUUCUUCACUAGCAAGGAUUCAAGUUCUCAAAGGGGUUUAGAUAAGCAUCAGUCAGUUCAAUCCAUAGGAAAUUUGAGUGUGGAUUCAACCGUCUCUAUGCCUGCUACGGUUGGACGAAAGCCAUUUAACCGAUUUGUGUGA